GCGUUUUGUCUCUCGUGUAUGUGUGAUUGUGUGUGAGAGUGUCAGGCCUACUCUGCACUAUGGAGCAGUGUGCAUGUGUGGAGAGGGAACUGGAAAAGGUCCUGCACAGAUUUGUGACCUACGGACUCCAGUCAGAGGAGCGUCUGGAUGAGCUGCUGAGGAAAGUGUGUGAGCUGCGCAGCCAGCUUGUUAACUUUGGUGUGCAGGAUGCAGAUUUGUCUGUGCUCACGCAGACGAUGACACAAUGCUGUAAGGAAAUCAAGGAGACCGUGCAGAUGCUCGCCUCCCGACACAAGGACAUCCACGGCAGCGUCUCCAAAGUGGGCAAAGCUAUUGACCGAAACUUUGAUGCUGAGGUGAGUGCAGUGGUUGCUGAGACUGUGUGGGAGUCUCCCGAAAAGCAGAGGAACCUCAGUGAGACCAUCGUGGAACACUUGUAUCGCCAAGGCAUGCUGAGUGUCGCUGAAGACCUCUGUCAGGAGUCUGGGGUCGUCAUCGACAUGAGCAUGAAGCAGCCGUUUUUGGAGCUCAACCGCAUACUUGAGGCUUUAAGGAUGCAAGACCUUGGACCAGCGCUAGAAUGGGCUGUGACAAACCGACAGAGGCUGCUGGAUCUGAACAGCACUCUGGAGUUCAAGCUGCACCGGCUCUACUUCAUCAGCCUACUCAAUGGGGGUGUAGAGAACCAGCUGGAGGCGCUGCACUAUGCCCGACACUUCCAGCCCUUCGCUGCCCAGCAUCAGAGAGAUAUUCAGGUGUUAAUGGGCAGUCUGGUGUACCUGCGUAACGGCAUCGGAAACUCGCCCUAUCGCAGUCUGCUGGAGACCAACCAGUGGGCCGAGAUCUGCAACAUAUUCACCCGGGAUGCCUGCGCUCUGCUCGGCCUGUCCGUCGAGUCUCCUCUCAGCGUCAGUUUUGCGUCUGGUUGCAUGGCCCUACCAGUGCUGAUGAACAUUAAGCAAGUCAUUGAGCAGAGGCAGUGCAGUGGUGUCUGGACACACAAAGACGAGCUGCCCAUUGAAAUAGACUUGGGGAAGAAGUGCUGGUAUCACUCAGUGUUCGCGUGUCCCAUUCUGAGGCAACAGACAUCAGAGAGUAAUCCACCUAUGAAGCUUAUCUGCGGCCACGUCAUCUCAAGAGACGCCCUGAACAAGCUCACCAACGCUGGAAAGUUGAAGUGUCCCUACUGUCCGAUGGAGCAAAACCCUUCGGAUGCAAAGCAGAUCUACUUCUGAUUUCCUGGAGCGGAGCAGAUUAACACAGCGACGUCUCCUCGACAUGUUGGAGUCUCCUCGGACUGAGUUGGAACGAUCCGCAUUUACGGCCUUCUGCGGCGGCUCGGACCGCGGAGCCACCACUCCCCCUCCCGAGCUUUUAGUUGGCACAGGCCGGUGGUCAGGGCAACCCACACCUGUAGAUAUGAGUCAGUUAUGUGAAUGUCAAGAAGACAGAUCUCCAUGGAUUGUUCACUCAUAUGUACUCAUGUAAAACUCAGACGUUUAGACCUGUGUGUGGUUUUUUCAUGAUUAAUGUUUUUAUUUUUAUUUUUUUCUGAGUACUUUUCGGUUGUUUUUUUUCUUUUUACCCUCCAUAAGGAGAGUGGGCUGUGUGCUUGUAAACAGGUGUGACCUCUUACAUUGUCUGUUUUCACGGCUGCUUAUAACAAGAUAUUUAAACGACUAUAUGUAGAGCCUGUGUACAUGACAGAAAGGCUUUACAGCAAACGUAUAUUCAGAAACGUAUUAAAUAAGACCUUGAGGUUUUUUUUUUUGGUGGAUGGAUUGUUGGUGAAGACGGCCGUCUGCUUAGACAGGAUGUUGAAUGUAGACAAACGGCAGCGCUCGUUAUCAAAGUCUAACGAUAAUAAAAUCAUAAUUAGACUGGCAGAUUUUUGAUCAGCGUAUCUGUCUGAUAAAUCGUUGGAGAUGUAAAAUAAGCAGAUUAUCUUGAGCAUUUUGAUCUGACCUCUCUGAUUCAUCAGAUGACCUGAUGUGUGUACUGGUUUGUGUAUAUAUUUAAGAAAUAUUUAAAAGAGAAAAAAAAUGUU